UUUUCCCAUGGCGAGCACGGGAAGUGGGAGAGGCAGGGCUGAGGGCUGUGCCGUUGGUGCUGCCAGGCGGAGGGCUGGCUUCCCUCUUGCACCGCUGGCUCAUGCAGCCUCGCUGUGCCGUGCCUGGCACUGUGGCUUUGCUGGUCCUCGGCUUCCCGCUCCAGCAACGUACCCAGCGCCAGGAAUCCCCCCGGCUGCCAGCACUGCCCUGCCCCGGCAGCUAUGACAGGAUGCCCGUCUGCGCUGCGGCGGGCGCGCACCCCCCGGAGCGCCCAGUGAGCCGGAUGCCCAUGGAGGGGCAGGACAAGGCCCCCGGCCAUGCGCCGGCCCGGGAGGGGGACGCCCUGCGGGUCAACCAGCUGCACAACAGCAACAACAAUGCCUCGCCGGGGGGCUGGCUGGGCCGCAAGGGCUCCCGCUCCCUCUCCCUCUCGCCCUUCGGCCCCCGGGCCCCUGCUGGCGCCAACCACAAGCUGAGCUACCUGGAGCGCGUGGUGCUGGAGCUGGUGGAGUCGGAGCGCACGUACGUGCGGGAUCUGCGCAGCAUUGUGGAGGACUACCUGGGGAAGAUCAUCGACACCGAGGAGGAGCUGCUGCGGCCGGAGCAGGUCAGCGCGCUCUUUGGGAACAUCGAGGAUAUCUACGAACUCAACAGCGAGCUGCUGCAGGACCUGGACAGCUGUGACAGCAACCCUGUGGCCGUGGCCAGAUGCUUCGUGGACAGGAGCCAGGAUUUCGAUAUCUACACCCAGUACUGCAACAACUACCCCAACUCGGUGGCGGCUCUGACCGAGUGCAUGAGGAACAAGCACCAGGCUAAGUUCUUCCGCGAGCGCCAGGAGCAGAUUGGCCACGUGCUGCCCCUGGGCUCCUACCUGCUCAAGCCGGUCCAGAGGAUCCUCAAGUACCACCUGCUGCUCCAGGAGAUCGCGAAGCACUUUGACCUGGAGGAGGCCGGCUACGAGGUGGUGGAGGAGGCCAUUGACACCAUGACCUGCGUGGCCUGGUACAUCAACGACAUGAAGCGCAGACACGAGCACGCCGUGCGGCUGCAGGAGAUCCAGUCCCUGCUGCUGCACUGGAAGGGGCCGGAUCUGACGACCUUCGGGGAGCUGGUGCUGGAGGGCACCUUCCGGGUGCACCGCGUGCGCAACGAGCGCACCUUCUUCCUCUUCGACCGCACCCUGCUCAUCACCAAGAGACGGGGCGACCACUUCGUCUGCAAGAACGACAUCCCGUGCUCCUCCUUGAUGCUGAUCGAGAGCACCAGGGACUCGCUGUGCUUCAGCGUCACCCACUACAAGCACAGCAAGCAGCAGUACAGCAUCCAGGCCAAGAGCGUGGAGGAGAAGCGGGUCUGGACCCACCACAUCAAGAGGCUCAUUCUGGAGAACCACCACGCCAUCAUCCCCCAGAAGGCUAAGGAAGCGAUCCUGGAAAUGGACUCCUCCCACCCCGCUUGCUACAGAUACAGCCCUGAGCGGCUGAAGAAAGCGAAGUCGUGCCAGCCCAUGGACGAGGUGCCCCCGCAGGCACGGCAGGGGCGCCGGCAGUCGGAGCCCUUCCACCUCCGGUGCCGCAGGGAGAAGCUCCCGGACGGACUGCAUGGCGGUGUGGGGUCGGGGUGCGCAGGCCGCAGGAAGUCUGAGCCUGCCAAGCAGAUUGUCAAGCAGCUGGGUGAGAAAGCAGGACUGAAGCACGCCGACAGCACCGGAGCCCUCCUGGAGGCCGGGGCGCCCUUGCAGCUCCCUGGCAGCGCUUGGCGGCUGGCUGAGGGCGAGGGGGGCGCGGAGGAGGAGGAGGAGGAAGCAGCCAUGGGGAAGGAGGAAGAGCAGGCCCUGGGGCAGGGCUCGCUGGAGGAGCUGGCUGUGAGUGACAGCCGCGAGACGGAAGCUGGGCCGGAGGAGGAGGAGGGCCCGGUGGGCGAGGAGCAGAGCAAGGGGCCCAAGGGAAGCCAGGAGCCAGGGAGCCCCGAGAACCGUCGCAGUGCAGAGACGGCCUCGGCCAUCCUGGAGGCUGCCCCGGAGCCCACUGAGCUCCCCGAGGAAGAGCGCCCUGAGGAGUCCCCUGAGGCCGCGAGCACCCCCGAGCCGGCCCAGCAGAGGGCGAUGGAGCAGGAGCAGAGCCUGGCCAUGGCGGAGAACGUGGAGGACCUCAAAGCCCUGAGCAGCGAGGAGGAGGAGGAGGAGGAGACCAGGGCGAGGAGCAUUCUGCCCCCGUCCGUGCUGGACCACGCCAGCCUCAUCGCCGAGAUGUUCGGCAGCAGCUUCUCACGGCGCAGCAGCCUGGCGCUGGAGGAGGGCCGGCCCGGGGGCUUCCUGACGCCCAGGCUGGUCAGCCGGAGCAGCAGCAUGCUGAGCCUGGAGGGCAGCGAGAAGGGGCAGGGCCGCGGCAGCGCCGCCAACUCCCAGGGCCGCAUCUCGCCGCCAGGCUCCACCCGCAGCGGGGCCGCUUCGCCCGGCCCCUUGGAGCCCGAGCGCACCCCCUGCCACAGGAAAGAGUCCAUGCUCUCCCAGCGGGACCGGCUGCUGCUGGACAAAAUCAAGAGCUACUACGAGUGCGCGGAGCACCGCGACGCCGGCUUCAGCAUCCGGCGCCGGGAGAGCCUGUCCUACAUCCCCAAGGGGCUGGUGAGGAACUCGGUCUGCCGCCUCAACAGCCUCCCGCCCCCGCCGCCAGAGCAGCACGCCGACGCCAGGCGGGGAGCGGGCGGCGCGGGGAGCGGCGGGCGGACAGCCGCCUGGGUGCUGGCGGGCGUCCCCACCGCCGGGCCCAGGCCCGAGCCCAGCACCCCCGUCGCCGAGGAGGAGUUCCGCCCGCCCGCCGAGAUGAUCAAGGUGUGGGAGGGCAUGGAGAAGCUGAGUGCCGGCCAGCCCUGCCCGGAGAGGGGCAGCGGGGAGGGCACAGCUGGCGCCACCGCCGCGUGGCCCAUGGGCAGGAGCCAGGAGAACGGCUUGGACCUGCACGAGCCGCUGCUCAUCCUGGAGGACGACGAGCUGAGCGCCAUCGCGGAGGAGUCAGCCGGGCCCUCGCCCGAGAGCCGGUCCCCCACGGAGCGAGCGGGGCCCGCCAGGCUGGCCGGCCAGCUGCAGAGACUGGCGCAGGAACUGGGCCACCCCGCCAAGCCGCGCCCCCGGGUCCCGCCGCUCUCGGAGGCCGAGCUGAGCGAGCGCCUGAAGAACAAAGUGUACCAGCUGGCGCGCCAGUACAGCCUGCGCAUCAGGAACCGCCAGCCAGCCGGGCACAGGCGGCUUGCCAAGCUGGAGGAGCUGAGGAGCUGCGCAGCAUCCCCCCCGCGUGAUGGGCACCAGGAGGUGAAGAGAAGCACAGACCCGCGGAAGAAGCCGGCGCUGUCUCUCGCGACCUUUGAGCAGGUGGUGCUGCAGGAGUACAGCCCCCGCACGCCGCUCUCUGCCACCGCCUCCUCGCAGGACAAGUCGCCCAAGUGCUUCUCCUACAGCCCCUCCUGCCCCACCUCGCCCGGCAGUGGCACCUCGCCCGGCCCCUCGUCCUGCAGCCCACUCAGCCCCAUUGUGGCGGAGACGUUCACCUGGCCCGACGUGCGGGAGCUGCGCUCCAGGUACUCCUUCGGCACGGCCUUCCCCGGCCCACGCCGGCCCCCCCCAGUCAACAGGAGCCAGUCGGCGCCGGAGAAGAUGGUGGCCGAGCUGCCGGGAGGCGUCCCGGGACAGGAGGGCUGGCGCGGGCUGGAGAAGAGCCCCGGGAGGGACCGGAGCACUGAGGAGAGCCCAGACCCCAGCGCCCGGCAACGCCAGAGGAACCAGAGCGCUGGCUCACUGCGCAUCACCGCAGAGGCCAUGCUGGGCGACCAGCGGGUCAUCGUGCUGGAGAAGGUGCCGUGCGGCGGGGACCCACCUGCCCCCGAGGAGCCGCCCGAUGCUGCCAGCUACGUGCAGAUCCGCUCGCCCACCUCGCGGGAGCGGAUCUCGCUCAAGGCCGUGGCGGAGCGCUGCAAGGCCUACCAGGAGUCGGACGAGUCCCGGCGGCUGGAGGAGGGCCCGGCCCCCGAGCCCAGCCGGGCUGCGGGCUGGGAGCAGGCAGCCGCCGGCCAGCACGGCCGCGUGAGGAGCCUGCGGGAGAAGUUCCAGACCCUGAACUCUGCCAGUUGAGUGGACGCCUGGCCUGCCCGGCUCAUGAGGGGGAGGCCGGACUUGUGUACAUAGCGAGCGCCUUCCUCCUCCCCCCGCCUACGCCCCCCACCCGCAUGGGACUAAACCCCCAGGACCAGGCUGGGCCAUGGCCAGAGACCUGCUCUCAUUGGGGGCUCUGCGCUGAAGCAUGCACCUGCAGAUCCUGCGCUGGCAGGAGCAGCGGGCAGUGCCCACCACCAGGACCUUGGCGCAGAGUCUGCCCACCGCCCUGGGGCUGAUCUUUGGCAGCCCUGCAGGCACGAGGGGCUGUGCUGCUGGCCAGUCCUGGAGGAGGAGGGUGAAUUGCUCUCGGCCGUGCUGGGUGAAAGGGAGCGUGGUGUACCUGGGUGCCCCACGCAGGGCGGCUGUAUACAUCAGGGUCAUGUUGGCUGUACACACACUUCAGUGCAAUAAUCACCC